CAGUGGCUCUUUAAAAAACUUUGUUCAUCAUUUUAUGAAGCCUGACAAAUUACCACCUCUCCCUAUCUUGGCACUCUCCAGGGGGUAUUAUAAAAUCAAGCACUAUUUUAUUUUGUUUCCAGAAACUUUCUUCUCUCUCCCUCCUGAGACAGUCCACUCAUGGGUCACUGAAAUCAGCAAGCACACCACAAACAAGCUGCUUCACUUUUUUUGCCUCAUACUAUCUGGACAUAAGAGAAAACGGGUCACCUUUCCAAAUGGAUGACACACCGUGGCACGGGAAGAUGACCGGGCACCUCACUUUCCCUCUGAUGGCUGCUACACUCUUGUCAUCCUUUGGAUCUUCCAUGCUGUAUGGUUACAAUCUGGCUGUGGUAAACUCUCCAGCCACGCACAUCAAAGCCUUCUAUAAUGCCACUUGGUCCCAGCGAUAUGGACAGGGCCUGACCCAGGGCACACUCACCCUCAUGUACUCCCUGACUGUCUCAGUCUUUGCCCUGGGAGGCCUAGUGGGGUCCUUCCCUGUUGGAAUGUUGGUCACCCGAUACGGCAGGAAUGGGACCUUGAUACGGAGCAACCUCCUUGUCUUUUUGGCUGGUGUGCUAAUGGGGUUAAGCCGAUACGUGGAAUCACCUGAGAUGGUCAUCAUUGGGCGUUUCAUUACUGGGGUUCACUCUGGGAUCUGUCUCAGUGUUGUGCCCAUGUACCUGGGAGAAAUUGCCCCUAAGAAUCUGCGUGGCUUCUUGGGCCUCGUGCCAAGCAUCUUCAUCUGCUUAGGAGUCUUCUCUGCACAAGUCUUGGGCCUUCCAGAGCUGCUUGGGGAAGACCCUUACUGGCCUCUCUUCCUCUCAGUGGUGGUCGUUCCUGCCUUCCUGCAGUUCUUUCUGCUUCAUUGGUUCCCAGAUAGCCCCCGCUAUCUGCUUAUUGAGAAGGACAAUAUCCAUGGGGCAACUGAAGCCCUGCGCUGCUUCCUUGGCAAAUACGAUGUUGAGAGUGUAAUUGAAGAGAUGCGAGAAGAGCAGCGCUCCCUUGCCUCUGUGAAGACGGUGUCUGUGUGGCAUCUGCUGACAGACCGCUCUGUGCGAUGGCAGGUCAUCUCUGUUGUGGUGAUCAACAUGGGCAUGCAGCUUUCAGGAAUUGAUGCUAUUUGGUUUUACACAAAUGUCAUUUUUGAGAAUGCUGGCAUCCCUGAUCCGGAGAUUCCCUACACCACAGUGGGCACUGGAGCCAUUGAGGUUGUUGCUGGCUUGAUAGGGUGUUUCACCAUUGAGAAGUUGGGGCGCCGGCCUCUCAUCAUCACUGGAUUUGUCUUCAUGGGUAUCUGCUGCUCAGUCAUUACCAUGUCAUUGGUGCUGCAGACUUCAGUGUCUUGGAUGCGCUAUGUCAGUGUGGCAUGUGUCAUUGGGAUCAUCGCGGGAUUCUGCAUGGGACCAGCUGGGGUCCCCUUUUUGAUGACAGCUGAACUCUUCAAGCAAUCACACCGCCCAUCUGCCUACAUUGUGGGUGGGUCCCUCAACUGGCUCUCAAAUUUCACCGUUGGAUUUGUGUUUCCCUUCCUGCAGAUGUCAGCUGGUGCCUUCUGCUAUUUGGUCUUCUGUGCCAUCUGCCUUCUGGUUGCUUUGUAUGUUUAUUUAAUUAUCCCGGAAACCAAAAACAAGACAUUUAUGGAAAUCAGCCACAUCUUUGCCUCUCGCCGCUCUUUCUGCUCUAGGUUGCCUGAAUCUGUCAAGAUGGUCAUGUUCAAUCGCUAUGGUGCCCUGGAAAACAGCUCCCUGGAGUACUCUAGUUCUUGAUGCCACCCAGCAUGAUGCUCUUCCAUUUGCACUUUCAGGAGAUGGUUGUCCAUCCUUUUGAGAAGUCCUGGUUUUCUGCCACUGAGAAAAAGGAGAUGAAAUCUCAUACCGAUUAUCUUCCUUGGGUGCCUUUCUUCCUACCUGGGUCAACAAUACAAAAGGAAAGAAUUUGGGAAGAAGUCUCUGGCUCAAAUCUAGAGCGGCUUCCCCCGCUCCCAGCAUUUUUCUUUUCCUGGGAGCUAGAAAUCAAAAGAGCUAGGUGACAAGCCAUUUCCUGGAAACUGAUGUAAACAGACUUUCUAGAAUGUCACAGAUGGGAUAGAUCUUUCCUAUUGAAUUAAAAUUUAGGACACUUUAGAAAGAUAUACUGAUGAGCUUGCAGGUAAUAGUUUGCUGGAGAAUGUACCUAAAGCUGUUUACUAAACUUCUUUCAGAAAGCACAUAAAAGAACUAUUACAGAGGGCAUUUCUUCAUUUUAUGUGUGCUUUCAGAGGUGCUGAAGUAGGUCUUUGGGUAAGAAUCUUCUUGUUUUAGGUUUUAUCUCUUUGGUGCAUUGUGAUUUUAAUGAUGUUCACUGUAAACUAUCUUAAGCUUUGGAAAAGUGGACCAAAUUUUAAAUUGUUUAAAAGUGGAAAAGGCAGUGAGUGAUUUUUCGCAAGCAGGGGCCUAUUGGUCAAUAAAA